AACCAGUCUUGUUUUCUCUUUAUUUAUUCUUCCUUCAUUUUUUUUUCUUUUAUCAAAAAAUGGCUGGUGAAAAAAAAGAAAUAGACAAUAUGUCAAACUAUUCUCACAAGGAAGAAACCAAGAUAGAAACCUUGACUGAUGAAAAUGACAGAAUCACUGUCAGUUCAUUAGAAAGUCAAGAACAGCCUCAAUUGAAAAGAUCCCUUAAAUCUCGUCACUUGGCUAUGAUUUCCCUUGGUGGUGUCAUUGGUCAAGGUCUUUUCCUUUCUUCUGGUGCCAAUUUAAACCAUGCUGGUCCUGCUGGUGCUCUUAUAGCUUAUGCAAUCAUUGGUUUUAUUGUCUUCUGGGUCACUUUCUCUUUAGGUGAAAUGGCCACUUAUAUUCCUGUCUCAGGUUCAUUCACCGUCUUCUGUCGUCGCUUUGUCGAUACUUCCUUUGGUACAACAAUUGGCUAUAACUACUGGGCUUGUUGGGCUAUUAUUGUUGCUAGUGAACUUACUGCUUUACCUCUUAUCAUGGAAUUUUGGACUACAAAAGUUCCCAGUUGGGCCUGGUCUGGUAUCUGGCUUGUCUUGAUUUUCCUUCUCAAUAUGUUUGGUGCUCGUAGUUAUGCUGAAGCCGAAUACUGGUUCAGUGUGAUCAAAAUUUUAGCUGUCCUUGUCUUUAUCAUUGUAGGCUGCAUUACAAGUGGUGGUCUUAUUGGUAACACAACUCCUCACGAAGUCUAUGGUUUCAAAUACUGGAGUAACCCUGGAGCCUUCUCUAACGGUGCUCUUGGUGUCUUGAAUGCUUUUGUCUUAGCCUCUUUUAGUAUGCAAGGUACAGAAAUCGUUGGUAUCACAGCUGGUGAAUGUGAAAACCCAUUGAAGCAAGUUCCCCGUGCCAUCAGAAACGUAUUCUGGCGUAUUAUUAUUUUCUACUUGGGUUCAGUUUUUGUGAUGGGUAUGUUGAUUCCUUGGAAUGAUCCCCGUAACUUGUCCGGCUCUGGCAGUGUCACUGUCUCUCCUUUCACUAUUGUGUUCGAAUUGGCUGGUUUAUCAAGUGUUGCUCACAUCAUGAAUGCUGUCAUUUUGAUUACUGUCCUUUCUUGUGCCAACAGUGGUAUGUACGUCAGUUCCCGUAUGUUGUGCGCCCUUUCCAAUGAAGGUAUUGCUCACCGCAAAUUAUCUUACAUUUCCAAGCGUGGUGUCCCUAUUUAUUCCUUGAUCUGUACUACCCUUGUCUGUCUAAUAACUUUUGCUACUUCAUUUAUUCCCGGAAAAGCUCUUUUCCUUGUCUUGACCAACCUCUCCGGUGUCGCUGGUUUCGUUACUUGGGGUGGUAUUUGUUUUGCUCACUAUCGUUUCCGUAAGGCACUCAAGCACCAAGGUCGUCUUACUUCUGAUUUACCGAUCACCACUCCUUUCCAUCCCUUUGGUGAUAUCUUUGGCAUGGUUGCCUGUACUGUAAUUGCCUUGAUUGCUGGUUACUCUUACUUUGUUCCUGCUGAUGCCGUUGGUUUGAUCGGUAACUAUGGUGGUCUUAUUGUCUGCGCCAUUUUAUACAUCACUCUUAAGCUUUGGACCAAGUCUAAGAUGAUCCCUAUUGAUCAAAUUGAUUUGGAUACUGGAAGAGCCGAUUUCUCUAAUAUCAAAGAAGACAGUGAAAGCGAGAUCACUGGUCCUUGGUACAAGCGUAUCUUUAAGCGUAUUGUGAAUAUCUUAACUUAGUUCUUUCUUUUUUUUUUAUAAUUAUUUGUAAUAUUAAUCUCUCUUUUAACAUAUAACUUAUUUUAUCCGUUAUACAAUUAAUUCCCCUUUUCUUUUAAAAUAAAUCAUGAAAUAUUUGAACAAACA